AUGGCAGAUGAGAAGGUGAUGAUGGGCAGAGAGCCAUUGAUUGAGCAUGAGAAGACGAAGAGCAUCAAGCAGAUAUUGUUGAAGUCCAUUGCGGGAGUUCUCUUGGUCGGCUUUGCUUGCUACCUCUUCCUUGACAGCUUCACCUCAUUGACACCAGAGACCGAAAUAAACUCAUUGCCGUUAGAGAAAGCAGUGAACGAACAGCAUCCAAAGAAAGAAGUAUGUGACGUUUCAACUGGAGAGUGGAUUCCAAACCCUUCAGGACCAAUUUACACCAAUGCAACCUGCAAUCAUAUACAAAAUCAUCAGAAUUGUAUGAAGAAUGGAAGGCCUGACACAGGUUACCUUUACUGGAGAUGGAAACCAAGUAACUGUGACUUACCUCCCUUUGAUCCAGUGAAAUUUCUGAAUAAAAUGCGUGAUAAAUCAUGGGUAUUUAUCGGCGACUCCAUUUUCCGCAAUCAUUUUCAGUCCUUGACUUGCAUGCUCUCUAAGGUGGAAGAGCUAGUUGAGACUUAUCAUGACUCAGCAUACCGCUGCCAGACAUUGUUCAGUCCAAAUUACAACUUCACUCUUGCAGUCAUUUGGGCACCAUAUCUUGUUCAAUAUGAGUCUAUUGACUCAGAAACCUUAAAUAUUCAUCUUGACAUCUUGGAUAGCAAGUGGUCCAGUGAGUAUAACAAGUAUGACUAUGUGGUGAUCUCUGGUGGCCAGUGGUUCUAUAGAUCAGCAAUCAUGUAUGAGAACAACAAAGCCGUUGGUUGCCAUAACUGCCCUUAUGAGAAUCUCAGGGAACUUGGUGUAGUAGAGCCUUACAGGAAGGCACUCCAGUUGACUCUCAAUUUCAUGGCCAGAGCUGAGCACAAGCCCUUUGUUAUCUUUAGGACAUGGACACCAGACCAUUUUGAGUAUGGAAAGUGGUACAAUGGAGGGAUCUGCAACAGGACUGAGCCAUUUAAGGAAGGGGAAAUCAAUGGUUAUCCUGUAGAUCUUGUGAUGAGGAACACUGAGGUUGAGGAGUUUGGAAAGGCUGCAGCCAUUGGAGAAAGGAAUGGGGUGAGAAUGGAGCUUCUUGAUACUUAUCAUCUUUCACUGUUGAGACCUGAUGGGCAUCCAGGUCCUUACAGGACUUACCAUCCAUUUGAUGGUGAUAAGAAGAAGAAAGUUCAAAAUGAUUGCCUUCAUUGGUGCCUGCCUGGCCCUAUUGACACUUGGAAUGAACUAUUGAUGAAGAUGGUCAUCAAUGGAGAUGAUCAUGACUCUAUUUCUGCUUUGUCCUAGAGUAUGUAGAAACUUACUGUUUGUUUUGUUUUCCAAUUUUGAAAUAACUGGAGAUGCUCUUCAUGAUUCCUCUCGGUUC